CACAGGCAAAUACUUUAAAAUUCACUCAUUGGACAUAAAGAAUUUCCUUGAAAACAAGUGGAAACACAGAGUGGAAAAGAAACUGCCAGAGCUAAGAAAGUGAAGUCCGUCGGAAAAACAAAAGGAUUUAUCUCUGGCUUCCGUGGCUCAGAGUGAUAUGGCUGGCACUCUACGCAAGUUUGCACCAUGCAUUCCCUGUGUUUGGAUCUUUCUCAUGCUUUUCGACCCAAGCUUGCAGAACGGGGCUGUAGCCGGGCACAAAGAACCUAUUCCUGAUGACAGCAAAGACAACAUCACCAUCUUUACCCGGAUCUUGGACCGCCUACUGGAUGGUUAUGACAACCGACUGCGUCCCGGACUAGGAGAGAGUGUGACUGAAGUGAGGACAAACAUCUAUGUGACCAGCUUCGGACCAGUAUCUGACACUGACAUGGAGUACACGAUUGAUGUGUUCUUCCGGCAGAGUUGGCGGGAUGAAAGGCUGAAGUUUGAUGGACCUAUGCAGGUUCUUCCUCUUAACAACCUGCUCGCCAGCAAGAUCUGGACACCAGAUACUUUCUUCCACAAUGGGAAGAAGUCGGUAGCGCACAAUAUGACGACACCCAAUAAACUUCUGCGACUGGUUGACAAUGGAACACUUCUUUAUACAAUGAGAUUAACCAUCCAUGCUGAGUGCCCCAUGCAUCUGGAAGAUUUUCCCAUGGAUGCCCAUGCCUGCCCUCUGAAGUUUGGAAGCUAUGCCUAUACCAACAACGAGGUGGUGUACAUCUGGACAGCAGAUGAUGAAAAAUCAGUUUCUGUCGCUCCGGAUGGUUCUAGACUCAACCAGUAUGAUCUUUUGGGCCAUGACAUUGGCAAAGAGACCAUCAGAACGAGCACUGGGGAAUAUGUGGUGAUGACAACAUAUUUUCAUUUGAAAAGGAAAAUUGGCUAUUUUGUGAUCCAGACGUAUCUGCCCUGCAUAAUGACCGUCAUCCUCUCUCAGGUCUCCUUCUGGCUGAACCGAGAGUCCGUGCCGGCACGCACUGUCUUUGGUGUCACUACUGUCCUGACAAUGACCACACUGAGUAUAAGUGCCAGGAACUCACUUCCGAAGGUGGCCUAUGCCACGGCUAUGGACUGGUUUAUGGCGGUCUGCUAUGCCUUUGUCUUUUCUGCCCUCAUUGAGUUUGCCACAGUCAACUACUUCACGAAACGCAGUUGGGCCUGGGAUGGUCAGAAGGAGGCCCAGGAGAUGCGGAGACGAGAGUCUGCUUCCCUCUCCAAAAAGACCAACAACACUUUCAAUAUCGUGGGAACCACUUACAGCAUGAGUGUACCCAAAGAUCCCGGACUGACCACCAUCUCCAAGAGUGCCACGGCUACAUCCACCCCAUCGCAGCCCGUCCGAGAGAUGCGACUGCCCAAAAUGGAUGGGGAGUACGUGCCGGAGGGGAGAAAGUCAUACAAUCGCGUCAGCAAAGUGGACAAGAUCUCACGUAUCAUCUUUCCUGUACUCUUCUUCAUCUUCAACUUGGGUUACUGGGCCACUUACGUCAACAGAAAGCCAACCAUUGACCGGUCCAGUCCCCAAAAAUGAACAUGACUACCAAACCGCAAAAAAAAAAACUGCCAGUCCAGUCUUAACUGGCGACAUGAUGCUACUACUGCUUUCAAAAUAUGCGUUCAUUUUUACAUUUUCAUAUUCUUUUUUACAGUUUCUAGUUAUCUGUCGGUGCCAUACAGCCAUGUAGAUAUACAAGCCUAUGUACACUGCAAAAAUGAUUUGUCUUACUGAGUAUUUGUGUUUGAAAACGCAUAGAUUUCGGUACAUUUAAGCCUCUCAUCAAUACUAAAAAGGCAUUUUCCUCCACCGAAAAUUGAGCAUUUCGAAAAUGCUCUCCAUUUCCACAUCCUUUGGAAAACUAUAAUGUUAGGAAACUGAAUUUUCAAACAAUAAUGGAUUAGUGUGGAUGUGGCCUAGGACUUAUUUUCAGAGAAAUCUAACAACAUUUUGUUGAAAAUUUAGAAGGGGAAAACAUUUAUAAUUUAAAGUGAUAGCAUGCACAAGACUUAUAUUAUACCAUAUCUAAUGCCAUUUUGCUUCUCAAGUAAAUCUGUCUUGUUUCAAGGAUGUUUAGAUGUAUUUACUGGAAAACAAGACAGCAAUACUGAGUAAGAAAGUAAUUGUUUUGCAGUGUAGUACAUUGUUGUUUUGUUUUGUCUAGGUUUUUAUGUGCCAUUUCCUUUGGUGUAUGGGAAACAGUAUGAAUAAUCAAUAUGACAGGUGUUGUAUGGAGGAUGAUUACUUACCCACUCCACACACUGUGCAUCAUCAGGAGAAAAUCUCCAGUCACCAUUGGCUGUCGGUUGCCAUGGCGAGUACCUUUAGCCUUUCAGCAGCCAGUUGCUAUGUCCGUAGGAGCAUUUUUAUUAACCGCCCAUUCGACUCUCUGCAGACCCAGAAUAAUAUCAUGUAGAAUUAUGUUCCCAUCCCCAUGGGUCUAUCUGUGCAUUUACCUGUCCAGUGACUCUUCUUGUUUUAAUAGCCUGAGCAGGCUCCAAGAUAAAGAAACUGUGUGCCUUUUUAAUAUCUCUCCCGAUGAGAUAAAUAGUUUGGCACAUGCUGACAUUGUCUUCAAGCAUACACCUACCUAAUAAAAAACUUCAGUGUUGAAUGAACUCUCACAGGUUGGUACUAAAUUCAGAGUACUGCUGUAUGCAAAUUGAUUUAAUGCUGACGGCUCGACUGUGAGGCCCUGGGCCAGCCAGCCAGCGUUUCAUUUUUUGUGGCCAAUAUGAGCAAGCGUUACCCGAGAAAGGAUGUGUAUUCAGUAAAUUAUGGCACUGUAACAGGCUAUAAAGCAUUUCAGUUGUGAGGAAUAUCAAGACCUGCUUUAAGACUUGAGCUAGUGCCACGCAAAAGGUACAUGUAUCCAAUUUCAUUACCUCACAUUAAAGUGUAGGUGGUUUAUUUGAUCUUUACACAAUGACCUGACCAGGCACAAUGCGACAAGUUGCCAAGGACAAGCAGUUCUCCUGUCCACAUUGAAUGCAAAACUGCGGCAUGACGUGACACAAUAUCAGUCCGAUUUUUAGGGGUAUAUUUACUAAACACUCUUGCGUGUAGUAUUAGCUGCUCAAACAAUAAAUGCACUGAAAUACCGCUGAGCCUUGAGGGGGGAAUUCACUAAUAAUGAAUACAAGUGCUGUUUUUUUGCUUGCGUUUGGUUUAGCACCCAAUUCACUGUAGGAAUAAUGCAAAUCUGGCAACUGUGCAAACGUGGCCACAUGUGUAAUUUGACAAAACAAUAUGGCGCCGAUCUCAGCUGAGUAACCUACAUCUGGGAAGAAAGCUCAUUAAGUUUUACAAUAAAACCUGUUUGAGUAAAAAAAAUCCGAUACGUUAUUUUAAAAAUAUCGCGAAAUUGCACGCUGUUUAACACAAUGACCAUGUACAUGGAAUAUAGCCUAAUUCCCAUUAAAAUAUCCUACAUCCACUGAUUCAUCUAAAAGCUGGGAAAAGUUGCUUUCAGAGGCUGUAUACAGAGAUAGGAAGAAAAUAAGGUGCAUUUCAAUCUGUUCUGAGACCAGUGCUGACAGGCAGCACACUGGAGGUUAAGUCAUUCCCUAAUUAGGAGGCAAGGAACCUUCCUAUAGCUUUCCUAUGCAUGCAACAUCCAGUCAAAAGUUCAGUUUCAGGCUGCAGAUGAUGUUUGGACCACUCAACAUGUUUGGCAGACUUGGUGCAAUGAUAAUCGGUACAUAGAUUCAGAAUUGAUCAUGUAUAAUUUUAUUUUAACAUGGUUGACAGUGAUUAGAUGAUGCCGGACAUUAUUUUAAAUCCGAAUUAUUUAUGCUAAUUUCUGAUGUAAUCAGAUUUUCACAACUUAUUUGGACUGUCCACAUAUUGGAUAUACAUUUUUAGGAAAAAUAUUUGGUCUAAAAUACAUACAUAUAUGUAUGUAUGUAUGUUAUGUAUGUAUAUUGCAGGUGAAUAUGUAUAUUGCAUGUUUCUUAGGGCCGUUACAUAGUCAACGCGAGCAAGUAACGCGAGUGACGCGAGCGACGCGCUCCCCUUCAUAGUCUAAACAGUGGACGCAAGCAGACGCACGCGUCACGGGCGAUGCGUGAAAUGCAAUACACCGCUCCCGCAACAGGGGUAGUAGAGUCUGGUGAUAUUAGUA